AUGGAGCAGAAGCAGCAGCAAGAACGGGGGGAGCAGCGGCGGCAGGGACAGCAGCAGCAACAGCAGGUGCAGCUGCACCAGCAACAGCAGGUGCAGCUAAAGCAGCAACUCCUGGGAACAGAAGAGACGACAGGAAAUUGCCAUGUCCCAGUAACACUGUCUGGCCGUCCACGCCUUGCUGAUUGUGCAGCGCCUAUUGCUGCUUCCUCUUAUGACUGCGCCUUAGACGCUGGUGCAAACAGUCUAUGCAGUGGGACCCUGCUCUUCUGGGCUGAAGCAGCAGCAGCUGUCACAGCUCCAUCAGAGCCACUUUCCUGCACACAAGAAGCUGCACGCGGUCCAAACGAGUCAGGUGGGACUCGUCAGAGUGCGACGCCCACUUGUCGAGUUAAUGUGAAAACAGGCUCCGCCUUGAGCUUCCAUACGGUUUUGCAGCAGCACUUGCUGCAACGGCAGCAACGACACACAGGUGCAAGCAGUUCACCACUAUUGCGUCAUGUGCUGCUAGCUGCAGAGGAGAGCGCUGCUUUCUUCUCUCCAGUCCGGCUACCUCUGCUGCUUUGCCUCUGUUCUCGCAGCAUCCCAACAGCACAGCAGGAGCAACAACGUCCAACUCAGAAACCGCUGAGCUGUGAAGUCCUUUCUAGCGGGGACUCACUUUAUGGCAGUGUGUCAGCUUUGACUGCCACCACUGAAGAGGGGAAGGCCACAAAAACAACGAGACUAGCAGCUCCCGCAGGUGCAAUAAUACCGGAAGGUUGCCUUCUGCUGUCUUUUUUGUGGGUUCUCGCAUCGUGGUUCUCUCGGCUGGCGGACCCACUGCCAGUCUCUGCUGCUGCAGCCGCUGCUGAUCUCGGCCUAUGCUGUACCACUUCCGCAAGAGCGGCAGCUCUUGCAGCUACCGACCCCUCUGCUGCCGCUGCUGUUACAGCUUUAGCUGGUGGGUUUCCUGCGCUACAGGAACGUGCCAAAGCCGUUUCAUCGACAGCAGUUGCUGCAGCUGCCUCUCUUCGCGGAGGCAUCUGUGACCGUCUCGCUGCAUUGAGAGCUCUAGCCUACUGGUGCUGCUGCUGCACCCUAGCGAAACAGGAAGGCAUGCAAAAUGUGCAGCGAAAUCGGAUGCGGCAACAGCAGAGGCAGCCGCUGGCGCUUCAUGCAGCCCCACCACGCAUCAGCAGCUCAGAAAUGAAACGCGAAAACAGCGGCACCAGCAGCAGCUUAGCCCUUUUGCGUCAGUUGCAGCAAGAGUGUCGGGAGUCCUUCGCGCAGCUGCUGUUGCAGCAGCAAGACGCCCAGCAGCAGCUGGCAGAGAGACAAGGUAUUGAAAUGGAAUGUGCCUGUGCCUUGAGGGAGAAGCAAGAGCAGGCGCUGAAGGCAGCGAUUGCUGCUCGUUGCCUGCCAGUUCAAGAUUCAACGGAUUCGAAAAACUCAACAGCUGCUGCUGUUGCUUCUUCUGCACUUGAGGCGUGCGAAAGGGACUUGCAGGAGCUAGUGCAACAGCACUUGAGUGAAUGUGAGCUGCUUGGGAGACACUGGAUACAUGAACAGCAGCUAAUGCGCAAGCAGCAGUUGCGCAUGUUCAAGAAUGUUGCAGCAGACCUUUACGUGCUGCAGCAUGGUUCCGCUGCUGUGUAUGGGGCAGCGUGUCAAGAACUGGUGCUACCCCCGCUUCCUUCUGCAGAUGAAACGGAGAGAUGGGCCUUUAACUGGAAGCAGCGGCAAAAGGAGCAAGGACGGCAGGAGCAACCGAUGCAGGAACAGCAACAACCGCCGUCUCGGCGGCAGGUGGGAGUAACUGCACGUCAGCUUUUUAGAAGACACGGUGGCAGCCCUAGCCAGGAAGGGGGCUCUUUGCUUGAUGCUUCAAGCAGCUCUGAUAGCGUUUCUGCGGCUGCUGGAGAAGCAACGGCAGCAAAAGAGGAGCGCCUGGGAAGCUACGGCGCAGCAGCAGCUCAUGCAGGGUCAGCAGCAGCCGCUGCUGCUGCUACCAGUGCAUUCAUGGGCACACCUGGUGCUGCUGGGCAGAACAAGCUGCAGCAGCAGGAACAGCAGAACAAACAGCCAGUAAUUACCGCUUGCACGGAAAACAGCUCGUCACAAAGCGGGGGAGCGCAGAGGCAGCAAACAGCACAACAGAAGCAGCAGCAACAAAAACAGAAGCAACAUGUGCUGCAGAGUUCCUCAACGGGCUUCACUGCGAAUGCGGCGCACUCUCAGCGCCACAGGCAGCACCAGAGACAACUCGCAGUAGCUGCCGCCGCUCACCAGGGGCCAGUCUUUGACAUGCCUCGCCUGUUACAGGGCAUAGCAGCUGGUGCAAUGCAGCCGCAGCAACGUCGCACUUCAGGGGUGCCGCAGCAACACCAACAGCCUUGGCAACUGGGAGGGGUACAAGAACAUGCAGAGGUGAGGCUCACAUUUGGGGCUCAGCAGCGACGGACACUCUGGCUGCACGUUUGCACGGGCCUCACGGCAGAUUUCUUCCCCUCCAGUGCUGCUUCUCCUCCAGAGCAGCAAAAUCAGCAGCAGGGGGGUUUGACUGUUUCGUGUGCAGCAAAGUGGCUGUCGUGGCUAGGACAGGGUGCCACGGCCUUUCCUGAAGAGCAGCUCGCGGACUGGCCUGGGGGAUCCUCUUCCUACUGCUACAAAGACGCGCGACAUAUGCGCGGCAGCACGCUAUCUUGCUUCGUGGGCAGCAGUGGGAGGCCGAGUUGUGGGGAGCUGCUGACCGGGCAGGAACCCGAAGGUCCCUCUGAGGAUUUGUUUGCUGCCUUGAAAAGCGGGCCACGAGCGUCUCUUUCCGGGGCCAUUUUGCCCACUGGAGCGGCCAUGCAGGAAAGUUGUGCAUGCAUUAAGGCGGGUAACGACACUUCAGAUCUGCUACUACCUUCCCUGGAGGAGCAGCAACGUCUACUGCGUGCGGCUAUGCAUGCAGUGAGGCGCAGCAGCAACUGCCUCGGCAGCAAGCAGAGGCUGCUACUGCAGCAAGGAGAAGUCUUUGUCUCGCGCCAUGCAGCCAGACUGCGUCCACAGGUGUGCUUCCACCUGGCGGUUGCUUCGGCGGGACUGAGCCAUGAAGCGUCUCAACCGUCGAGCCCUUUGGCAGCAGCACAGUCGGCGGAGGCACCAGUGGAACACGACGGCAACAAAAGGAGGAAUAGCGCUGGGGAUGACCUCGAUUCCCUUUGCGCGCCUGUAUGCGAGGGACUACGGCAGAUCCUCAGACUAUGUGAAAAGCAUGCAGUUGGAGCGCUGCUGUUGCCUGCACUGUUACUCGAGACAGAAGCCUCAGCAAGCUGCCUGCCCUUUGCCGUGCUACAGCGGAGAAUGCUGGCCGUGCUACGGUGCGUCGUCGCAGAGCUCCGGGCCAUUUCACUGUCUCCAGCCAGCAACGGUUACAGUUCAUCAGAUGCUGCGGUUGGCCGUUUGAGGCACCUCGUGCUGCUGUUGCCUCCCAUACAACAGCAGCAGCAAGAGGGGUCUGGACAGAUGAACCUUCUUGUUCAGGCGGCUGUAAACUUUUUAAGGAACUCUGCAUGCUGCUGUUAA